CCCCUCAUCUAGUUCUCACAGCGAUGGCAGCACCACCUCUCAGCCCCACCUCCUUACCCACAGGUGGCCCCAAAUCCCUUCUGAAAGGGUGCAGUUCAAGUAUCAGCAUAGCAACCUCUAAGACUUGGGGUGGGGUGGAAAGGAUGUGGAAGGCUUAGAUCAAAUGUCUUGAGUGAGGCAGGACCAGAUUGUCCCCAACACAAAACAGCUGGGAAGUAACUACCAGAGACUCUUAUUUUGGGUUAGACCAGCCCCAGGCAUGAACGAAGACCGUCCACAGCCCUUGGAUUAGUCAUGGCAUUGAAGAGGAGGAGAAGACGUAGAGCAUGGGGACUGUGCCUGGCAGGGAGUCUGGAGUUUCUGGUCUCAAGGUUCAGGAAGGCAUGAGCCAGGGGAGGGGCCUCCAUGCAGGGGGAGGGCGGAACGCUGGGGCAGGGCCCGAGUCAGCUAUGCAAGACUGUGCAACCAGAGGCAACACAGAACAGAAAGAGGAUCCCAACAGUCUCCUGAAAUUCAGGAGAGUGGACAUUCCAGCUUUGACCACCUAAGACACCACUCCUCUAAAGAUUACGACUCCAUUUGUCAUUCUGAGGCCUCUGCUUGUCCUGUACCCCAAGGAUGGAGCCACUUCUAGGAGUAAAAAUUGGUUGCCUGUUUGCCCUGCUGGCUCUCACUCUGGUCUGUGGCCUUAUUCCCAUCUGCUUCAAAUGGUUCCAGAUUGAUGCAGCCACAGGUCGUCACCACCGGGUCCUCAGCCUCCUGGGCUGCACUUCUGCUGGUGUUUUCCUGGGAGCAGGGUUCAUGCACAUGACCGCUGAAGCCCUGGAGGGAAUUGAAUCAGAGAUCCAGCAGUUUGUGAUGCAGGACAGAAAGUAAGAGAAAUUCUUCUGAUGAUGCUGAUUCAGCUCAGAUGGAGUAUCCCUAUGGAGAGCUCGUCAUCUCCCUGGGCUUCUUCCUUGUCUUCCUCUUGGAGUCACUGGCAUUGCAGUGCUGUCCUGGGGCUGCUGAAGGAUCAACAGUGCAUGAGGAGGAAUGGGGUGGGGCUCAUGUCCUUGGACUCCACAGCCAUGGGCCUCUGCCCUCACCCUCACGGGGUCCCCUUCGAGCCCUUAUCCUCUUGCUCUCACUCUCCUUCCACUCAGUGUUUGAAGGUCUGGCUGUGGGGCUGCAGCCCACCGUAGCCACUACCGUGGAGCUCUGUCUUGCUGUCCUGGCUCACAAGGGGCUCAUAGUGUUUGGCGUAGGACUGCGGCUGGUGCGGACAGGCACUGGAUCACGAUGGGCCGUGUUCUCCAUACUGUCAUUAGCUCUCAUGUCCCCUCUGGGCCUUGCUGUAGGGCUGGCUGUGGCCCAAGGAGACUCUGAAGGGGGGCGAGGCUUAGCACAGGCUGUAUUAGAGGGUGUGGCAGCUGGCACCUUCCUGUAUGUCACCUUCCUAGAAAUUCUGCCCCGAGAUCUAGCUGGUCCUGAGGCCCCUCUAGCCAAGUGGGGCUGUGUAGCUGCUGGUUUCGCCUUUAUGGCCUUUAUUGCCCUGUGGGCCUGAAAGAUCCCUGAUUUUUCUGAUGGACCUAUCUAGGAUGACCUCCUUCCUACCCACAGGAGACACCUCCCAAAUGUCUUUGGCAUUCAAACAUUUCUUCACUGAGACAUUCACUAGGCAUCAUCCCCAUGAACUGGGCCCCAGCGUUUCCCUACAUGAGAUCCCAUUUCUCAUCCAGGACUGAGAAAAGGAUGUUUAGGUUGACUGCCUAUAAAUUGAAGAAUUGCAUAAACACCAUCUCCAGAUUUGACUCUUGUCCCAUUUAUGCUACUGUGUGUAAUAAAUGUCUGCUUCACCCUUCCCCUUCAGCCGUGCUAUACUUUGUUUCUCCGGGUUGCUUAGGAGCUUCCUGGUACAGGA